AAUAUGGUCGCUUCUUUCUACCUAUUGAAACAUUCGUGUCUUUUUACCGUUCGAGAGUGAAGAGUAUUGUAAUUGCCUUUGACUGUUGAGUGCUCGAUUGUUGACGCCUUAAUCAUUUUAUAGUAUUAUAUAUUUUUUAACACAAAAUGAAACCUUUGAUGUUACAUGGGCAUGAACGUGCCAUAACAAAAAUCAAAUAUAAUAGAGAAGGUGAUUUACUAUUUUCGUCGAGUAAAGAUAAAAAGCCAAAUGUUUGGUACUCUUUAAACGGGGAACGCCUUGGAUCUUUCAAUGGUCAUAAUGGUUCAGUGUGGUGUAUUGACGUUAAUUGGGACACAACAAGAUUUUUAUCCGGUAGUGGUGAUAAUUCACUAAGAGUUUGGGAUUGUCAAACUGGAAAAGAAAUAGGUCUACUCCACACAAACAGUUCAGUAAGAACAUGUAGCUUCAGUUAUUCAGCAAACCUUGCUGUUUAUUCUACAGACAAAGCAUUGGGGCACCCAUGUGAAAUGUUCAUCAUGGACAUCAGAAAUGUUGAUGCAGUCUUAUCACAGGAUGAUGCAAUUUCUAGAAUUGCAGUUGGUGGCCCUAGAAUCUCUGCUAUUUUAUGGGGUGCAUUAGAUGAAACAGUUAUUACUGGCCAUGAGGAUGGUGAAAUCACUCUUUGGGACAUGAGAACAAGGAAACAAUUAUCAAGUGUCAAAGGUCACAAAUCUCAAAUAAAUGAUAUGCAAUUCAAUAAAGAUGGGACCAUGUUUGUAACUGCAUCAAAAGAUAAUACUGCAAAAUUGUUUGACAGUGAAUCAUUGGUGGUAUUAAAAACAUACAAGACAGAAAGGCCUGUGAAUUCUGCCACAAUUUCUCCUAUAUAUGAUCAUGUGGCUCUUGGAGGUGGUCAAGAUGCCAUGGAUGUAACAACAACAUCCACUCGUCAAGGAAAAUUUGAUUCUCGAUUUUUCCAUUUAGUAUUUGAAGAAGAAUUUGCACGUUUGAAAGGACAUUUUGGUCCGAUUAACUCUCUUGCGUUCCAUCCGAAUGGUCGUAGCAUUUCCACAGGCGGAGAGGAUGGUUACGUUCGUAUUAAUACAUUUGAUCAAUCUUAUUUCGAUUUUCAUUUUGAGUAUUAAUGUUGUAAGUUAACAAAAAUAAAUACGUAUAAAUUAAGAAAUUAAUGUAAAUUAUUUUAAUUUUGUCAAACUUCC